CGGGAUUUAGCGCCAUAUUGUUAAGGGUGUUUGUUUUCUGUACUGUGAUCACCAAGUCGAUGGAAAGAUUCUCUUCUACUAAAAAAAUCAUUUUAUAAAGGGUAGGCAUAACUUGGUAGGCCCAUAACUUUCAUAUAUCAUUUAAAUUAUGCCAGUCUUUUUUGUUUUAUUGACUUUAACACGUAGAUUUUGUGCUGUGAGUUGAUUUGUGAUCUUUUAUGACAAGUCUACUUUUUGGUUUUGGCUUUGACUUAGUCAUAGUAGUAGUAGUAUAGUCUUUGACUUGGGAUGAAGAAUCAUAAUUUCAUAAUCAUAGAAUUUCAGUGAUCACCAUCGCCAUCAUUGUCAUCACAAUUAAUAUUUGAUUAAGACAUUAAAUUUAAUCAAAAUAAAUAAGGUCUGGAAUCGAGUUGAACUCAUGGGUUUGUUUUUGUUUCUUAAGUUGCAGUUUUUCGUUGAAAAGUCAGAGCUUAAAUGCAAUAAAUUUUACUCCUGUUCCUUUUAUUUAUGAUCAUGAUUAUGUCUUAAACCUUUAUAAUUUAUUUUUACUAUUGAAAUUGACACGUUUUUAAGUUGUUAGGCCUAAUUAAUAUAAGUAGGGUGAUUCUUGAUUCUUAAGACACAUCAGUCACAUCAGACUUAAACCCUUCUUCUCUCUAAACACCCUUCUUCUCUCCCCCUCCCCCUUCUCCGAAUUCUAACUCUGUCUCUAAUUCAUUAGCUCAUUAUGCUGUAAGGGGCCAUAAUGAUAAAUGAUUUUAAACAACUAGGACGGGCCGAAGAGUCAAUUUUUCCAAAACUAGUGUGACAUCAGUUAAGCGUGGCCUCCUACCUAUGCUUUCUUGUUAUGAUCUUAAUAUUACUAAUUAUUUCAAAAUGUAAACCUUUUUUUAAAUAACUCAGUAAAGCCUGAUCUCAAAUUUGUAACACAUCAUUAUCAUUUGCCAGUAUUUUUAUAUUAUGAAAAGGCAAUCUGAUUUAAUUUUGGGUUUCAACUUUUACCAGUAACUUUGGUUUUAGAAAGCAGUAGUUUUAUUGGACUGGAUAUUCCUAUUCCUGUUUUGACAUGUUAAACUUAAUCUACUGUAUAAAAAAUGUACAUUGAGAUUUUCAGUUAAUCAGCAAUAUAACAAUUUAUAUAUAGUUCAUAAAGAAUUAUAGAAAUAAUUUAAUAGAUUCUUGGAAACUUUUAUUUGCAGGAACAGUGGGACCUCAAUAACUGCAUUUGUGACUUUAAAGAUUCUCCUGAUCUCCUUGGGAGUUUAGUAGUCAUAAACUCAAUACACAUAACAAGAACAGGUAAGAAUUCAAUUUGUUAAACUUGGCCUUAGGCACAGAUAAGCAAAUUAUCUAUUUGUAACGUCAUCUUCAUCUGUAGCAUUAGUUUUCAUAUCACAGUUAUAGUGUAUACUAUCUUGGAAUGGUUCCUUUUUUCUUUUUCUAACUUUGUUUAAGGAUUGUAUUUGUUUCACUGAAGGCUCUCUUUGCAGUUCUCUUAAGUCUUUGUUAUUCCUGUUUUGACUACCACUUUUUCCUACUAACUUUUGUGGAUUAAUAAUUUCUAUAACAAAAUAAAUAAUAGACGAAUUAAAGUAGUAUUAAAGAUUAAACAACUUCCAUUCAUGUUAUCAUGGUUAAGGGAUAUCAUGUUCUCUCUACUACCAUUGAUAAUAAUUAAAUCAAAAGUGUUUAAUCUGUAGAUCUAAGAAGUGUAUGUUUUUUACUGUUAAAUUGUGUGAUGAGCAGUUAGUGCUAAAGCUAAUACAACCUAAUAAAGAGGAAGAAAACAAUGAGGUGCAUUUUAAAGUAACAUUUACAAUUUACAUGCAUUGUUUAUCACACAAAAGGCUUAACAAUAACCUGCAUGCCUUGUCAAAGUGAAAUACAAGUUUCAAGCUGUCAACUUAGAUUACUCUGGUUCUGUACAGACAGUCACUGAUAGCAAGUCUUUUUUUUUUUUGGUUAUCUUAGCAUUUCAGUUAUCAGGUGUGUCAUUGAAGGCUGAGUUUAAAUGUAGCUGGACAUUGUUAAGCUCUAACCUGUUGUUAGCACCUGGUUAUGGGAGUAUAAGUUUGGCAAAUGGCAGGUCACCUUAUUUUAUUCUCUACUUGACGUAGAGCAAUUUUCUGAAUGACACCAGCCAGAUUUGAAUGCGUAAAAAUGCCAUUAUGAUGUCAACAUUUUUUCUAACAAGUUUUGAUUAAUAUUUUUUAUACUUAUAUUCAUAUUCUAGUCACCGUUUUUUGACAUAAAAGGUUUUUUAAAAUGUUUUUUGCAACUCUACUGAAACUGUUACUAAGCAAUAUUUUAGUUGUACAAUGUUGGCAGUGGGUAGUAAAUUUUAGACAAGAGUUUACUCCAUCAAUGUCACAGGAUAUGUCACAUGGGGGGUCAUGUGGCUAGAAAGUCAGGUCAAGUAUAAGCAAUAUAUUUUUUAUUUCUUCCUCCUGUACUAUGUUACAUUUGUGUUGGUGAUGUCUCUGUUAUGUUUGCAUAUUUAAUGAACAUAGAUGAGCGGUUUGAGGUUAUAGUUUGUUUUUUUUAAAUUUUUUUAAAGAUAAUAUAUGUGUCUUCAAGCUGUGUGAAGUAAAUAAAUAAUGCAACCAGAUAUUUUAAGGUGUGAAAAGACAUGACAAUCAAAUGGAUGUUUCGGCUUAGAAGCCGUCUUCUGCAGAAAAUUACAAAAUUACAAAAUUACAAAACAAGAAACAACCGAUAAUUCUUUAAAAAUAAAGUUUUUUGAAAAUCUCAAUAAAGUCAAUGAAGUUCAAUGUUCAGAACAGGAGAGUGUUAUUAUUAGAAACGAAAAUUAAGUUUUCAAAACGCACUUCCCACAUUAUUUUAUUGUGUGUUCAAUCAAGAUAAAAGAAUUAAAUUAUAAUUGUUACAUUUUUAAAUCAAAAAUUGAGAGUAGAAAUGGAGUGAAAUUAUGUAUAGCUAGUAAGAGAGCUCUUGAUUGAUUCCAUGAGGUGCAGGAAGUCUGAAUUAAUUGGUUUUCAUUCUUCACUCUUGCUGGAAUAUUAGUUCAAGAAAUAAAGCUGUGAUGAAUAUAAUCUGAAUCCCUUGUUUUCCUCUCCGUUAAGAUUGGAUGCGUUUUUUUCAACACUCCGAUGUUCACUCAAUCUAUCGGAUAGUCUUCUUCCGCAUCUCAACUAUAUGUUGGUAGCUGAAUCUUCUGAGAUAUUUUAUAUUGAUUUUCUUUAAGCUUAAAAGGGGCCAGUAGUCAGGUUCAGAGUCAUUUAUUAACAUGCUAUUCCUAACAUAUGUUGGAUUGGCUGGGGUUUUAAAUUUCUUAUUUCCGUGCUUUGGCUGGUGAUAAAAUUAACAUUGUCGUGCCAUUUCAAAAGGAAAUACGUUAGUUUCCUUCUCUUUUUUUGUAGAUUAAACAGUCUACCAAAAGUUUAGUCCGGCAACAAACAACUGCAGGCAAUGGCAUCCAGAAAGAAGGUGCUGUUGAAGGUUAUCAUAUUAGGAGACAGUGGGUGAGUAGGCUUAAAUUAGCUAGUACCGGUACUAGUUUUAAAUUUCAAGCAAACUGUCUUCUUGCUAUAUUUAUGACAUGUUUUUAAUUGGUCCUUUUUUCAAUAAGUCAAAACAGUUUUAAAAAAACAAAAAAACUAAACAAUAAUAGUAGUUAAAAAGUAACUUUAUUGAAAUAUCAAUAGUGAGAGUCAAUUUUUCAUUGGUUUUAUUGUCAGCGUUGGAAAAACUUCUUUGAUGAACCAGUAUGUCGCCAAGAAAUUCAGCAACCAAUACAAAGCCACGAUAGGAGCAGAUUUCCUCACAAAAGAAGUUAUGGUGGAUGACAGACUAGUCACAAUGCAGGUGGGGACGGAACAUCUUUUAUGUGAAAGCAAUAUUUAUCCUAGACAUAAUAACUGUAGAUUUCAGUGUUAUGGAAUAGUGGGGGUGGGGGUGUUGUUAAUUUAUUUUUUGUUAAUAAUAAAUUUAAGAUACCAUAAUAUACACAAUACAGAGAAAUGGCUACGUCUGUUUAUGUUUCUGUUCACUAAGUUGGUUAUUAGGUUUCUGCACAAUUGAAGGAGCUCAAAAUUCCAUGUUGCUAGUUUUGUCCAUAAUUAUUUCAUUGUUUGCAUGAUAUUAUCAUACCAUCAGAUCUGGGAUACUGCUGGUCAAGAGAGGUUCCAGUCUCUAGGAGUGGCCUUCUAUCGUGGCGCUGACGGCUGUGUACUUGUGUUUGAUGUGACCAUGCCCAACACCUUCCGAUCACUGGACAGCUGGAGAGAUGAGUUCCUUAUUCAGGCAUCUCCCAGGGACCCAGAGAACUUUCCCUUUGUUGUUAUUGGAAACAAAAUUGAUUUGGAAAACAGAGCAGUGAGUUAAAUAUGAGAAUCAUCCGUGUAUUAUGUGUCUUAGGAGCUGGGGAUGGUUAUUUUGGGAGUUUUUUUUUGUUUUUUUUUAUGUCAUGUACCCCACUGAACACAAAUUAUUUGAGUCAUAGCUUCUGAAAACAUCGCUGUUUACAAAAAAAUAAAAAUAAUGAUAAUUUUCAAAACAGGUGUUAGAAUCACCUGAAGAGAUGUUAUUAAUUUUUUUUCUUCAUUUUUUAAAAAAUAAUUUUUUGGUCUUAAGUUGUACAUAUGGGGAUAGUUAUGUGCAGAGAAAAUGCUAAUAUUUCUUUGGAUACAUAUAGACUUAAGUUUUAAAAUACAUUUUAUGUGAGGUAAUAAAGACAAGAUGAGCCUACAAAAUUUCUGUAUGUGAAGCUAUAUUAUUUUAACUGAAAUGUCUUCAUCAGGUGUCAGCGCGUAGAGCUCAAGGCUGGUGUCACAGUAAAGGAGACAUCCCCUACUUUGAAACUUCAGCCAAAGAAGCCAUCAACGUGGAGCAGGCCUUCCAGGCAGUGGCCAAGAAUGCCAUGGCACAAGAGUCUGAUGUGGAGCUGUGCAGUGACUUCCCAGACCCCAUCAAGCUCAAGGAUGAUCAAAGCAAGCCAAAGGAAGGGUGUGCAUGCUGAAAUUAGUUCUAGUUAAUUAGCAUCUGCUGUACAGUCAUUGGAUCAUUGGUUUUCUACAUAUUAAUUUUGCUGAGAAUUCUGUCACUUCAUUUAUUAUUUUUUUAAUGGCAAGGGUGGAAAUAAGUGAAGCUUGAGGGCGAGGGUGGUUAGAGCUGCCUAACCUAGGUGGCGUAUAUGUUAGUAGAUACAAAAGCUGUGACAUAUAACCUGUAUCUCUUACACCUGUGACAGAUCACGUCUCUUAUGCCAUCCCCACUAAGGAAGUUCUCUACUCUUGUAGGGGUGUUGAUACUGCAUUAAUUUAUUUUUAACUAGGCCUUUAUAUUGUGUUCUGGACUGAAGGGCUCAAUAGUUAAGUAAAAUAAAACUACAUCAUUUUGUGGCUAUCAUUGAACUUUGCAAAGAUAUAAUUGAUUUUCUAGUUUGUGAUCUAAAUAGAAUGGGGAUUGGGGGGGAUGAUUUAAGUUUAAGAAAUCAUGAAUGCUCUUUCUACCAUUAUCCUUUCAAAUGUGAUGCUGUAACCGUUUCUUAGUACCAUUUAUGUGUGGGUGUCUAUGUUUUGUCCUGACUCAUUGGUUAAAAAAGAAGAAAGUUUUCUAACCUUGUUGGUCAUAGUUGGACGUUUAACAACAGAACUGAUUACAACAAGCAUGAUUUGAACUUAACAGCAAAGAGGGUGACCUCUUCAUGUCCUAGACCAGGUACAUUACCAUCAGAGUUGAAUGGCGAUGUCCAUGUUUUUGCUGCAUCAAAUUGUCAAAUGUGCUUACUGUUGAAAGCUGAUCUGGAAUAGUAUGGGUUCCAGUUUUAUGAGAAGAGGUUUAGCAUAAUGUAUUCAGAUUUUUUUUUUCAGUAGCCACCUUUGAAAUAUAUGUUCUAAUAUAUGAGUAAUGGAAUAGAUUUUUGGUACUGAAUCACCCAGUGCUUGUAGAUUUGGACUGAGCCUAGCACACAGGUGGCAUUGCAAAUGUCCUUUACUGCUCCGAUCAGAUUGUAAUUUAAGGUUUUGUAUUUGAGUGGAAUGCUGGUUGUGUGUGUGUAUGUAACCAUUUGCCAUACCUUGUGAUGAAUGAUGCCAAAAAUGAAGCUGAAGUUUAUGUCUUCAACAUGGAAAUUACCUUGUUAAUUAUGUGCGCUUGAUAUAAUGUGGAUUGAUUUUUUUAUGCUGAAAAGACUUUUCUUUUUUUUUUCUUUCUCACCCUGUUGUGUUUUUAAACCAGUGACUAUUCAAAAGCUGUCUAAUGAUCUUGGUGAUAAAAGGCCCAUUCUAGAACGGCACAUGUACUAACCACUACAUGGAAGGCUUAUUAUUGUAGAAACAACACGACGAAUACCUAAGUCAAUUCGUUGACAUUUUUACAGCAAACACUUACUGGGUGGGACAUUUCGUUUGGCCAACCCAGUUUUAAAAUUGUUGAUUUAAAAAUUAAAUUAAAAAAUAAAUUAAUAUGGAAGUAACUUUGACAAUUCUUAUGAUAUAUAAACAUGUGGCAAGAAAAGAUAAUUUAAGUGCUUUAUUUUAAUCUUGUGUACAUUGUUACCCAGUGUAACUAAAUAUACAUUUAAUAUCCCAUGCCGCAAUGUCAUUUUUGUUUUGCUUGGAGAUUACUUUACAUAAUUGCCUUGUGUGUGUGAACAACUACAUCCAAACAUAAAAUGCCAGUUUAAGUUACCCCAUCGUCUUCUUUAUUAUCAUAUCUAAAACCCUGUCGGCAAUAGAUUUUUUUUUUUUAAUCAUUUGGCUAGGAGUAAGAAUAUUGGACUUAAAUUCUUUCUUAUAGUGUCUCUUUUUUUUUUAUAAGAUAAUGCUAAAGCAUUCCAUGUUAAAACACAUCAUGAUUUUUUUUUUUAUGAUUUAAAUUUAAUCAUUAGGGGCCCCUGCAUUUGAUGCUAUCAUCGAAUGCAUGGCAUAAUAGUACUCCAUGUACUCUGCUUGCUCCUAACAAGCUUCCUUCCUGUACAGGCAUAUUGAGAUUUUUUCAACUUUAAUCAUCAAUAUCAAUUUCAUGUUUUCAUUUUGUUACCCAAUCUUGUAUCAGUAUGAGCUUAUUUUGUUCCAUAGGCUGACAAAACAUCAAACGUGUCGUUCAGCUGAAGUAACAUAUACACAUUGGCUCUUGGUUGAACCAUGUAACCACCUGACUAUUAUAGGGGAUAGCAGUUUCACUUGUCAUCUAUGAAAGUUCCUGUAUCAGUGAAUGAGCACCAUAAUAAUAGCUCCACUUAAGCAGUACAAGUACAGGUUAACCAACAAAAAUUGACCUUAUUUGUUU